AUGCGACCGCGCCUGGGACUACUCGUAGACGGCUUGAACUGCCUCGCGGCGCGGGUCGGCGUCGUCUUCACCUGCGCUCGCCGCGUCCUCUCCGGUAAAACCGACUCGGCGAUCGAGAUUCGCGCCGCCGCGUGCGGGACUAAUGGCAACAAGAUGCGGCACGACCCAGCAGGCGGCGGCGUUGUUCCUUGGCCCGUGCUGGUCGUCGCGCUCGCUACCUCACUCGCGUUGAUCGUUCUUCUCCACUCGCGCCGCGCGCCCAUGCCGCCCAUAUGCAUGGACGAGCUAGAAGUAGUGGUUCGCCCCUUCCACGACUUCCGCGGCUCGUGGCUGGCCUGGACCGCCGGACGGUUGCCGCCGCGCUGGCCGACCCACGGUGCGCCGAGUCGCGAUGCUAUGAACGGUUUAGAUUCGGAGUCGGAGUCUCGUCUCGCCGCCAUUUGCCGAGCUAGUUUGUGUCGGUCGCUGCAGGAUUGGGCUUCACAGGGCAAGCAGAGAGAAGCCGCCGCCAUUGAAACUCUUGCUCUCCACGAAUCGCGCAUGGUGGCGGAGGUAGCUCAGACGCAGGCGGCGGGGUCCUUGGGCGACACGCAAGAUCCGCCAGCGGCGGCGCAGAAUGCGGAGCGACUGCGAGUGCAGCAUGACGUGGCGCUUCUGUGCUCGGCGCCGUGGCAGCGCGCCUUGCAGGGCGGCGUGAACGAGAGCGCGUGGCUGCGGAGCGCGCAGCGGCACGGCUACACGAGCGCGGAAGCAGUGGCGCGCGGAAUGGAGUCCGUGUGUCGCCGCCUGCACCGCGUGCAGAGCAACCUGCUCGCCCACGGCAGCACGUGCCGGAACUGGCCCGAAACGUGCUGGCCCGCGCCUGGCGUGCCCUUCUCCCGCAGUGCAUUGCAGCGACUGGACCUGAGUACGCCAGGGCGGUACCUGGUGUUCGCCAUGUCGGAGGAGCAGCUCAGCAACGCGCGCACGCACCUCGUGGAGGCCGCUCGUGUGGCCCGCAUGGCCAACCGCGUGCUCGUGCUACCACUGGGAAGUCACAGCCAGAUUGACCUCUCACACCCCACAUUCCUCUCUUUCCCCCUAUCCCCUCCCCACUUCGUAUCCCCAAUUUCCCCCCUUUUCUCCCUUCCCCCUCUCCCUCCCCCCUUUCGCCCCCCACUUCCCCGUCGCGCGUGCAUGGGAGCAUCCCAGGGGAGUAACAGCCGGAUAGACCUCUCGCACCCGCUGCCGCUCUGCUCCUACUGGGAUCUCACGCCCUUCGAUGCGGCGCCCUGGAUAUCACCGGAGCUCUUCCUGCUGCUGGCGCGCGCAGCUCUCAAGGAGCCCUCAGUGGGCUUCACCUGGGGGGCCAUGGCGUGUGGAAUGGGUGCUUUGUGGGGCAUGGCAUGUGGGGCACGACACGUGGGGCCAUGGCAUGUGAGUGGGCGAGCAGACAUGGUGUCGGAGUUCACAGGCGAGCUGCUGACAUUCGCGCUGGGCCACGUGCCAACAGAGCACAACACGGUUCUCUUCAACAUGCCUGCUAACAAACACGACAUUGAAAACCUUGUUCGCAAACAGUAUGUGCGCUGCUGGCAGGGUGCGCAAUCCUUGCCACUGCUGCAACCCCAUGGCUGCCACAAGACUAUGUACUCUGCCACACCCAACCCCUUGCUGUACCCACUCCCGGAUCCCACGUACAAGCACAGGAGCGACAAGGACGUGGGGUGCUGUGGUGUGGUUGAAGACCAGCACAGGAGGGACAAGGACGUGGUGCUGUGGUUCAAGACCACGUGGGAGCGCGUGUCCUUUGAGCCACACACGGACGACAUAGCGCUGCAGCAGCUGCCGUACAACCAUGAGUUGCACUACCUCGCUGCGCGCAUUGCGGAGCGCCUCCCCAAGCCCUUCCUGGCGGUGCAUUUCCGCUCCGAGUUCAUUGCCUUCAGAGUGAUGUCGGACAACCAGCUGCUCCCAAACGGGCACAGCAACGCAACGAUGCUCCAGCAGCAGAUGCAGUGGUGCACGGAGAGCGCCGUGCAGCACAUCAACGCGGUGAAGCAGCAGCACAACAUAACCGCUGUCUUCAUAGCCGCCGACGUGCCGUACAAUGCGUUUAGUGCGCCCUCGCGGUCCAGCUCUUGGGGGUACAUGGAGUGGCUGUUUGAAACGCCGGUUACCAGCAUAGCGGCACAGCAGCUGCACUGGCUGCGGUCUCGUGUCAACGGCACGUAUAUGAUUGAUGAGCUUAUACCCGCUCUCAACUCGUACGAUCCUGGGGUGGUGGCGAUUGUGGAUAAGCUAGUGUGUGCCCAGGCAGCCAUCCUGCUAGCGGGGUCAGAGCCGUGUGGAGGGAACCGGGGACGAAAUGCGUUGCAUGCUCUGCUGGCAGGAGUGGUGGAAUUCAUGGCCGAGCUAGACUUGUGUGACUUGGGGUAUGGCCAUGUGGGGCCAAUAAUGGAAGGACGCUGUCUAGCAGGCUGA